UACGAGUCUUGACUUUGGCUCAAGUAUCCUGUUUGCAGUAACGGGCUGCACAUAUGAGACUAUGAAUAAGGUCCCCGAUGAGCUCCAACUCUUUGUCUUUGAAAGGAGGAGGAGGAGGAGAAGGAGAUCGCGCCCUGAGUUGGAGGAUCUGCUCUGUGUGCUCUGAGAACGUGGCUCGUGAAGAAUGCUUGCCUGUUUGGCCAGGGGGAAUUUACUGGAUAUUCUGCAAGAGGGCUUCUCAGAGCAGCAACUACAGGCGUACGUGGCCUGGGUGAAUUCCCAGCUGAAGAAGAAGCCAGCAAUAAAGCCAGUGCAAGACCUAAGGCAGGAUCUCCGAGAUGGGGUCAUCCUGGCCACUCUCAUUGAACUUGUAGCCGGUGAGAAGCUAAAUGGCAUUCAGGUCAGUCCCACCAGCCAGCAGGAAAUGAGAGAAAAUGUAGAGAAAGUCCUGCAGUUCGUGGCAUCGAAAAAGAUUCGUAUGCACCAAACUUCAGCGAAAGAUAUCGUUGAUGGGAACCUGAAAUCCAUCAUGAGGCUGAUCCUUGCCUUAGCUGCUCAUUUUAAACCUGGCUCGGGUAGAGCAGCCAUUCAGAGCGCAGCCAGCGUGGUGGGGAAGAGCCUUUCAGCAUCGUCAGCCAGUCACAGGCCUCAUUCAGCGGCCGCAGUGGCCCAGGGUGCCGUGGCUGCUUUGGCAGAUGUUCGUCAGGAUGUCUCACGCUCAGGACGUGAUGUUUUCCGGCACAGACAGAGAAACAGCAGUGUCGAUGAAGAAAUUGAGAAUCCCUACUGGAGUGUCCGAGCACUGGUGCAGCAGUACGAGGGACAGCAGAGCGUGCCCUCGGAGUCUUGCUCCUCCAGUCUCACAUCACCCAGUCCCAUACACAGCACAAAGAGCGAGUCCAUUGCAACCCAGUCGGAGGAGAAGGCAGACUUUGUGAUCAUCCGAGCUGAAGAAACAGAAACCAAAACAGAAGAGACAGACUCUCCAUUUCUCCCAGAGUGGCAGGCUGGAAGCCCUGGGACAUACCUAGAGGCCUCCUGGGAGGAGCAGCUGCUGGAACAACAAGACCAUUUAGAAAAGGAAAUGGAGGAAGCAAAGAAGAUGAUUUCAGGCCUGCAGGCAUUGCUGCUCAAUGGGUCAUUACCUGAGGACGAGCAGGAGGGAUCGUUUGUCCUUUGUGAACAUGGAGCUUGUCCAGAAGAGCAGCUGGUCAUAAUCCGAAGUCGUCUGGACCAGAGCAUGGACGAAAAUCAGGACCUAAAGAAGGAGCUACUGAAAUACAAACAAGAAGCGCGAAACCUACAAGGAAUAAAGGAUGCAUUGCAGCAGAGGUUGGCUCAGCAGGACGCUUCAGUUCUUCAGCUAAAGCAGGAGCUGCUGAGAGCAAAUAUGGACAAGGAGGAAUUGCACAACCAGAAUGUUGAUCUGCAGAGGAAGGUUGAAGAGAGAAACAGACUCCUGGGAGAAUACAAAAAGGAGCUGGGCCAGAAGGAUCGGCACUUACAGCAGCACCAGGCCAAGCUAGACGAAGUGCUCCGUCAGCUCUCCGAGGCCAGCUACCAGCAGGCAGAUUUGGAGCGGGAGCUGGAGCACAAGGAGGCCCUGCUGGCUCAGUGCAUGAAGAGAGAGACAGAAGAGGUGAUGAGCUACAGCAAUCACAGCACUCAGAGCAACGGCUUCCUCCAGACAGCAGGAAAAGGAGCUGCUCCCACAGCCCACAGAGUGACGAAUGACCUGCAGUUGGUGCGUGAUGCCCUCCGCAGCUUGCGGAACAGUUUCAGCGGCCACGACCCGCAGCACCACACCAUCGACAGCCUGGAACAAGGCAUCUCCAGCCUGAUGGAGAGAUUGCACCGCAUGGAGACGCAGAAGAGGCAAGAGAGAAGGGUUCAAGGGAAGUUGCCCGCAAGCCGAGCAGCGAACGAGUAUCGAGACUCCUGGCCUCCCAACUCCAAAUUGCCUCAUUCUCACAGCACACCCACUAUGAGCAGCAGUGCCUGCACCAAAGUGCUCUACUUCACUGAUCGCUCACUCACACCUUUCAUGGUCAAUAUACCAAAGAGGUUAGGUGAGGUGACUCUGAAGGACUUCAAGGCAGCUAUCGAUCGGGAAGGAACCCACCGGUACCAUUUCAAAGCCCUAGAUCCAGAAUUUGGCACAGUCAAGGAGGAGGUGUUCCAUGAUGAUGACAUCAUUCCUGGUUGGGAGGGGAAAAUCGUAGCCUGGGUGGAAGAGGAUCAUGGGGAAAAUUAAUCAGACUCUUGGGUCUUGUUAUUGUGGGAACCUGUAACGCUGCAAUGCUCAGAGAUGAUGACCAAAAAGAGUGUGAGCUGGGACAUGUCCAAUUCAAGCUGCCAAAAGAGAGGACUUCUCUGCAACCAACGGGUAAAACACUUUUUUGUGUGCGAGGAUGCCUGGCAUUUAACUUUCCCUGGCCAAAUGCAGACAAUGUUGUGAGACUGAAAUUACAGGUUGGUGGGAAAGAAUCAUCUUGCUUUGUCCUGUCAACAAAACCCUGGAGGCCUUAUUGAUGUGUUUCUCCAUUCUCCUGGUUCCCCCACCCCCUGAAAUGCCUGCUGCUGUUUGUAAACUGCACAUUUCAACUCUGAUUUGACACAUUCAGUAUUAUAUGAACCUGCAGUGAUCCCUGAAACAAUAAGUUCUGCCCUCAUGGACCAGAAGAUGCUGCUAGAUUCUAGUUUUUACCAGAAGAUCUGACCAACCAAAAUCCACACCCAGAGAAUUUGUGCUGAAGAGGCAGAGCUCCCUCCAGUGAACUUUGCAAGCUCUUGAUACCAAGAGCACCAGGAACCUGACAGUGAAAGAAGCUUGUGGACUGUGCUAAGCACUACCAAAGCAAAGACCACCAGGUUGGCAACGUUGUCUUUCUUCCCAAAUGCAGGCUUCCAUUUCCUAGACUUGCUUCUGCUGUUUGCUCUCCAACUUGCAAUCAGGUCUGAGCUCUGUUGCCCUGGGAAGUUGGAACUCUUUGGUAACCAGGUGCUUACUUAACUGCCAAUGGAUUUUUAUUUUGGGGAAGGGAGCAGGAAACUUCCUAGCUUCCCCGCAGGUGAUAAGGUACUUUUGCUUCUCCUUUUGCCAGCCCUUUCUCUACAGCCAUUACCAUCCCUGCCCUUUCCAUACAUCCAGCAAGGCCAACAGAAAAUCUAAUCUACUCUCCCAGGAAACAAGCAGGAAUGUUUCUUCAGGGAUGAAGUGACAGAGUCUGUUCUAUUGGUGCAUCUGUAUUCCUUCUUCCAACUUUCUCUGUGCAGGCAUCACCAUGUACUUGAUGUUCACUGACUGACAAGGCCAUUAAGCAAAUAACCAAACCGGUAGGAUAGAUAUUGUGAGCAGCAGUACCCCAAUUCCCAGCAUGCUUUCGUCACUGGCACCUAAUGGAGUAGAAAAUGGUCAGUUGGGAGAACAUGUGCUAUGAGAUCCAUUAGGAUGUGUCUGCACUGCAAUAAAACAUCCAUGGCUGGCCCAUGUCAGCUGACUUGAGCUCAUGAGGCUAUAAAUUUGCAGGAUAGAUGUUCAAGUUGGGCUGGGGCUUUGGGACCCUGCAUACGGGAAGGUCCCAGAAUCCAGGCACCAGCCCGAGCCCAAACGUCUACACUGCAAUUUUAUAGCCCUGCAGCCCGAGCUCAAGUCAGCUGAUACAAGCCAACGAUGGUUUUCUUUCUUGCAGUGUAGACAUACACUUAGGGACCCAGGUUUUCUCACUGCAGUGCCAGGCCCUGCUGUUACUGUCAGGCAGCCAGACUUCUGCAAAGAUGGCCGCAGUUUGCAGCAGACAGGCACUGUUGACUGAAAAGGUCAAACAGUGAGUCAAGCCUCGGUCUGUUCAUCUUUGGUACACGUGCCCCAUCAGUGGACUGCCUGCUUGUCUGAGUUGUGCGGGUGAGGCUGGGAGAACUUGGUUUUAUUAUUUUAUAUUAACGUGACCUUUUAUAAACUUGUUCCUGUUUUUUGGAAUUAUUUUGUACCAGUUUACAUCAUUGUCUGAGGUGUAUAUUUUUAUACCAGUGCAAGUGCUUUCUGUAUAUUUCCACAAUACUGUGCUGUAGUUUACUCAUUUUCUAGAGAAUGUCAAUAUGUUUUAUACAGUCUCCUGUUAACACCAUGCAAAGUGGGGUGUCCAUGACUAGCUUUAUUUUACUACAAAGUACAACUAGUUCCUACUGUUUUUAUAUUUUGCCAGCUGUUUCUUGUAUAGACAGGAAUUACGUGUAGUUUGUCUUGUCACUCCCUCUGUUGCAGGAGGAGCUCAAAUACUUUUCUGACCCCAUUCCUGCACUGGUAGAACACGUGUUGGCUGUUAGGCCAGUAUUGAUCAGUUCCAUUUCAUCGGCGGAUUUAUACGCACUCUUUCUCUUCACAAACAGCCGUCGAAACAUCAGCAUUUGGGAAAGUUCUUCAAUGGGAGAAAAGCAGUAUCAGUCCUGAAAAGAAACAGACAUUCUCUUCCUCCCUGGAAAUCACUGGUUUCUCUGUUGCAUGUGUUUUAGUGCGUUGCUAUAAGAUAGCAUGGGGUUAUCAUACUAAAAUGCAUUGUUGUAUUUCAGUUGCAAUUUAUCUUGAAUGUCUUUUAAUUCAAGUUUUACUAGUCUGCUUAAUUUCAGUCAGAGUUAUGCGCUUUAGGUAGGACUUGCCCAUUUUAUGGAAACAAUUAAAACAGUAAUUUUUCAAAGGCCUCCAUGUAUCCAUGCUGUAUCCCUCUCUGCUUUUAAGAGAUGAGCAGUGUUUAAGAGUUGUCUUUGGUGACUCAAUGGCUGAGGUAAUUGCUAAUGUGAUAGAACUUCUCACCUGUAGGUCAUAGGUUUCAGUCCAGUCUCACUCAGUAAUGACCCUGGUCACCACCCCAGCAAUGGCUGGUUGAUGGCCUAGGUGGAAUGAGUUGGGAAUCUGUCCUGUUCCUAGUGGUUCCACAUCCCCAUAACCACUGUCACCAUUGAAACGCCUGUUGGCAGUCUCAGCAGAGGGGCCAAGGACUGAAUCAGCCCUGGAGCCACUUACUGUCUUGUGUUCCCUUCAGGGCCGGAGCGAAGUACAUUUGGAGGAGGCACAGAGAAGGAAACUUGCAUUGCCACUGCCCAUGCGUAUUCUGGGGAUAAAGAUUUCAUUCUGUAGCACUAUCAGCCAAGCACCCUUCAUCAGUGCUAAAACCACAUACAAACUAGAACAGAAACCUUGUUCUCUCUGUGAUAAUUACUGUACUGAGCUCAAACCCUUGAAAAGUAUUGGCAGCACUCUGCCCUCGGAUACUCCCACAGAAAUCAUUGGGACUUGUGUGAGAGAGCCUGAGGACAGAACUAUUAGUACUUCUAACAUUAAAAUUGAAGGCCAUGGCCAUGCCUUGUUCUCCUCCUGGGAUUGCUCCCCUAGGCUCUAACACAUGCACAACUCAGGUUCAGCUUUGUUCCUGCAAUGACAUGGCAGUUUUCUCUUGACUUCCUAUCAUUGUAUGAAUGAGCAGAAAGGAGUAUGGGUUAGGUCAGGGAAAGUUAUUCACAAAAUAAAGGGGGACAAGACAAUCCUGGAAAAGAGUAGGUACACAUGGGGCCAGAUUCUCCUUUCACUUAUACCAGUUUUACUCUAGUCUAACACCAUUGGCUUAAAUGGAUUUACUCCUGAUUUAGAGCAGGUGAUAUGGGAUCAGAAUCCGGCCUUGGACUUGGUUUAAAUGUUUUCCUUUGAUUCUAUAAAUGUUUAUUUCUGCCCUACUUUCUUCAAAGUUACUUUCUGGUUUCCUUAUAAUUGUAACUUGAUUAUUUAACACACAUGCUAUAUGUAAAGUUAUAUUUUCCUAGAAACUCUAAAGUUUGCAUUCAUCACUUUUUAAAAGGACAGUUACUCUCAAUCUCCAGGUCCUCCAACAGAGUGAGAAGUGAGGUUUAUCUGUACAUCUAAGAGCUGUAUAUAUCUGACUGGAUGUACUUUGGAUUUGUGGACCAAGAAAAAAUCAUCUCAAUAAACUGUAGUUUGCAAA